AUGUUCGCACGCGCCAAGUUCGCCCAUCACAUCUAUCGGCGAGUGAAACCGUGCUUCCGUGGCAUGUUGAAUCCAAUGUAUAUGAAGCAUCGGGCGUCGACACCCAAUCCACAAGUGUCAUGUCAGCCAUCAACGUCAUCUUUUCAACGACACCAUCGCCCUUCGUCACCUGGGAUUUCCCUAGGCCCUCCUUCAUCCCCACCAUCUCUCUAUAACCUACAACAAAUUGCUUCAGCAACUGCGGUAGAUCAGCAGAAUAAUAACGAUGUUGAAGAACUCAGUGCGGAACGGCUAAAUCUCUACUUGGAUAAACAGGAAGGUGAAAUCGAAAAUCUAGAUGAGGAGAUCGAUGAGUCGACGGAGAAGAAAUGGUGGUUGAGAACAAAAAGGUGGUUUCGUCUGGCACUUCCUCACUUUGGACUCGUACUUCUGUCGAUUGGGUACACACUGAUUGGAGCGUUUUGUUUUCAUCAUUACGAAAAACCGUACGAACAGCAGCUUCGAAAUGAAACAUCCCUCAGGAUAGGAGCCCUUAAAAAUCGAGUGAUGGACCAAUUGUGGAGGAUGAGCAAUAACGGAACGGCAUACUCAACGUGGAGGCAGACUGCAAAUGAUGGAAUGGAUGAACUGAUUCGAGACGUCUUCUGGGAUUAUACAAGGAAUUACAUGACACCUGAUGAUGUGAUAUAUGGAGAUGGUCCAAUCAAAUGGUCUUUCAUGUCGAGUAUUUUCUUUUCAUGGACAGCCAUCACAACGAUAGGAUACGGUCACAUUGUACCAAGAACAGAUGAAGGUCGUGUCGCAAUCAUCUUCUAUGCCCUUCUCGGUAUUCCUCUGAUUCUCGUCACCAUUGCUGAUAUCGGUCGAUUUCUUGCCACUUACAUCAUCAAAUUGCACCACGGCUACAUGGCAGUCAUGUCUUUUAUCACGAAUUCAUGUUUGAAGUGUAUCAAAUGGGCGUGUUGUUGGAUACGACUACCCCGUCGUCACAUUCCAAUGCCAACUUUAGAACUGUUGCAAAGGACACAGAAGCUGUAUCCGAAUAAUAAUCCGACGGUGGCUGCGACAGCGGCAAGUGCCGGUGGUGGUACUGGAAGAAAGAAGAAACAACAAAGAGAUAAUGUCAGUGAUGCUGGCACUUUUGAUAAUAUCAGUGAAAUCAACGAUGGAAGCGAAGGCGGUGAGAAUGAGAAUGAGGGGGAGGAGGAAGAACAAGUGCAGUUUGAUCCGUCGAAUCAUGAAAAACGAGUAUCCGUUCUAUUCAUUCUACUUAUUAUGCUGGGUUACGUUGCGGGUGGUGCUUAUAUGGUUCGUUGGUGGGAGGAAUGGACGUUUUUCGAAGCGUUCUACUUCUGUUUUGUUACGGUUACAACUAUCGGGUUCGGUGACAUAGUGCCUGCGAAUGUAGACUGGUUACCAGCAACACUUGCCUACAUUGUUUUUGGACUUAUCAUCACAACAAUGUGUAUCGAUCUUGUUGGUAGUGAGUACAUCCGAGAUAUCCACUUCUACGGUCGAAGCCUUGGUCGUCAGUUCAUGACAAUUGGUGGAAAAGUUGUCCAUCUUGGAGAAGUGUUUGGAUACGUGGCAUUCCUCCAAAAGAACUACGGAUUGACAGCUGAACAACUGACGAAACUGUCACAACUGCCAGAAGAAUAUCUGCUCGAUUGUCUGAUAAACGGAAGGCAGCCUGACUUGAACUGGAUUGGAGGAAGGCCGUAUGUACCGCCCGAUAUUUAUUACUUCAAGUGGAUUGAACAUCCAAGGACACUUUCAUUCGCUUCCGAUCGUGUACUUCAGAGCAUGGAAAGUCUAGAUUUGAACACCAGCAGAUGCUCCACCGCCCGAACGUUGACUCCUCGUGAAUACUAUCAGAAGAUUCUCUUCCAAUAUUGCAAACAACUUCAACCAGAAGAGCCGAUCGCCGACAUCGAUAAUUGA